CCCCCCCCCCCGCAGGCUGGGCGCCGCUGCCGCGCGCUCCCGCCGUUCUUUUUUCCCCCCGUGGCCCCGGCGUGGGAAGGAAGGAGGGAGGCCGCUAUGGCUGACGAGAUCGCCAAGGCUCAGGUCGCCCGGCCAGGCGGCGAUACCAUCUUCGGCAAGAUCAUCCGCAAGGAAAUCCCGGCCAAGAUCAUCUUCGAGGACGACCGGUGUCUUGCUUUCCAUGACAUUUCUCCUCAAGCACCAACACAUUUUCUGGUGAUACCCAAGAAACACAUAGCCCAGAUUUCUGCUGCAGAAGAGGACGAUGAAAGUCUUCUUGGACAUUUAAUGAUUGUUGGCAAGAAAUGUGCUGCGGAUUUGGGCCUGAACAAGGGCUAUCGCAUGGUGGUGAAUGAAGGUGCGGAUGGGGGACAGUCUGUCUAUCACAUUCAUCUCCAUGUUCUCGGAGGUCGGCAGAUGAACUGGCCUCCUGGUUAAGCUUGCUGGAUGGGCCUGGCUUUCCCUCCUGUAGCUGAUCAUUAAGUUGGCAAGUUCCAAUAUGUUAAACGGCACACAUGUUUUUGCCUGUAUAUGGAGAGAUUGAAGAGAUGAUUUAAAAACUGUGCCUAAUAAAAGACAUUGAUGUGUCCAA